AUGUCAACCAAGCUCAUCAAUGCUGUCUGCACCAUGGCAACGCGCGAGUGCGUUGCCGAGCUUGCGCUGUUCCACCGAGCGCUCCGCACGCUUCAUCCCACCCUACCCCUCUACCUCGGCUGCAGCAGCGAGGUCCGCGACGCCGCAGAAGCGCCCACCGACGCCACCUCUCAGCUGCGUGCUCUGCACGACGACGCGCAUGUGCGGUGGGUGGUGUGUCUCGACCAGUACGGCCCGGUCAUUUCUCGCGCGGAAAUGGAGCGCCAACGCGGCGUGUGGUACCCCGCACGGCACACUGACUUCAUGAUGGAAAAGGCCAAUCUGAUGGAGCUGGCGUUGAUGACGGCAGAGGGGAGCACGCCAACCGUGGCGUUCCUCGACUGCGAUAUUACUCUGCUUCGCGAACUGCCCUGCAUACCGGCAGCUGCGGCUGUUGCCCUGUCGCCGCACUGGAUUCGCGAAUCCGACGAGGCCGUCUUCGGCGCCCUCAACGGCGGCUACGUUGUCGCCAGCACGCCGGAGGUGCUGUGGGAGUGGCGACGAGCUACGCAGACGUCACGGUACUUUGAUCAGGCUUCGCUGGAGCACGUGGCGGCUGUCUUCGAGCGGCGCGGGCAGCUGCACCGACUGCCACCGCAGCACAACUACGGGUUCUGGCGCCUCCUCCAGCCGCGCUGCGGAAGUGUCGCUGAAGAGGCGAAGCGCUUUUCCAUCGCCCAUGCGCCCUCACCGGGCACCGGGCAGCAACCAGGGGCGAUGGCUGUCCACUACGAUGGGGCACCGCUGUGCUCCCUUCACUCGCACUUUUUGAUGCCAAACCCCCCGCCAGACGUUCGCCUGUUCAACGCCGUGCUGCGGCGUUGGCUGGGGCGCUGCGCCGCCUCCAACCCCGUCUGCGCUGCGGCCCUCGCGCGCUUUUAG